AUGUACCACAAUAACUCGUCGCUGUCUUCCCUCGGGUCUAGAUUGUCUCAUUCAUCGUCUUCCAACAAAAAGGACAAAGAGUUGCCACCCAUACCUCCUGUAUCAGAGGUACCGGCCUCCAACGACCCCAUUCUUCAGUCCAAGACAUUGAAGAGAAAGAACUUCAAGAAGUUGAGCUUAACUUCAGAGAAGCAGACGAGCAGCUCCACGCCUGUAUUGGCAAGCCAGGUCGUCGCAGAGAAUGAAUCUUUAGGAUUGUACUCACUGCUGUCGUUGACAGAGAAGAGAAAUAGACUCAGGCCCGAUAAGUUGGUGGACUUCAGCUUGGAUCUUGGUAAGAACUCCACCUCUUCUACGCAGCCGUCGCCCCGCCAAACUUCGAUAGCGCAUCAGUUCUCCAACCUUGAUUUGAAGUCAGGGUCGGCCUCUGCACACCAAUCACAAACCUCAUUAACUUCUGCAUCUAAUAACAUCAACAACAGUAGUCAUAGUAUAUCUGCAUCUGCAUCUGGAUCCACGACCACGCCCCAGUUUGUUGCCAGGAAGCGACAGACGGUUAUCUCGUCCAUUUCGCCUACGAAAUCUAUAACAUCUAUUCCUUCUUCAAUAUCCUCAGCAAACUCAGCAUCUGCACAGAAACUUUCAUUCAACAUCGAAUCCAGCCCCUUGCUUGAAGAUUCAGGUAUUGCGUCGUCACCACUUCUGACCACAUCUACGUUGAAGUUGAAUAAUGCAGAUCUCAUCACAUUGAAAGACUUGGGUUCAGGGAACUCGGGGAUAGUCUCCAAGAUUUUACAUGUGCCCUCGCAAAAGAUCAUGGCUAAGAAGAUUAUUCAUAUUGAUCUGAAGUCUAUAGUGCAGACGCAGAUUAUUAGGGAGUUGAGGAUUCUCCAUGAAUGCCAGUCUCCCUUUAUCAUUGAAUUCUAUGGUGCUUUCAUCCACAACAACAACACCAUAGUGUUGUGUAUGGAAUACUGCAACUGUGGAUCUCUUGACAAGAUCCUUCAGCUUUGUGAUUCCAAACAAUUCCCUACAUAUGUCCUUAAGAAGUUGACGUACGUGAUGUUGAGUGGGUUGAGUUAUCUUUUCAAAACCCACAAGAUUGUGCAUAGAGACAUCAAGCCGCAGAAUGUUUUGAUGAAUCACAAGGGUGAGUUCAAAUUAUGUGAUUUUGGGGUCCUGAGAGAAUUAAAGACCUUGGGGAUGGCCGAUACCUUUGUAGGUACUUCGUACUACAUGUCUCCUGAGAGAAUUCAAGGUGGUAACUAUGGUAUCAAAAGUGAUGUAUGGUCUAUAGGGAUUAUGUUGAUAGAAUUGGCAAGUGGUAAUCAAGUGUGGCAUGACGAUGACGAAGAUGACGAGGAUAGUGAGAACAAGAAGGAUGGCGAAGAAGGAAUCCGAGGAGGAGGUCCGAAAUGCCCUGAAGGUAUAUUAGACUUAUUACAGAGAAUUGUCAACGAAAAUCCACCAAGCUUGACCGCAAAGAAGAACCCUGUGACCAAAGAAGGAUACGAUACCCAACUUUGUAAGUUGAUCGAUUCAUGUUUGAUCAAGGACGAUGAAUUGAGAAAGUCUCCAUGGGAAGUGUUGGACGACGACUUCUUGGACGGAGUGGAAAACGGCACGUACGACAAGGAUGUGAAAAGCUGGGCAAAAAAGAUCAGAAAGCUUCACAAGAACAAAGACGAUAAAAAAAAGGCGUAA